AUGUCAAGACUAGAAAAGUGCUUUUUACUGAAUGUAGCAUAUUAUUUUCAAUCAUUUGAUGAUAUUAAAAAUUUAGUUCUUGUCUCACACAACACUUGCAUUGAAAACUUUUUCUUGACUAAUCCAACUUGUCUCGAUGAGAAGUCAUUAUUCAAGUUCAUUCAAGUCAUUCAACAUAUGGAAACUAUUCAAGCACCUCUCGAAUUUUUGUCGAAGUACCACAAACAUAUUCAGCGUAUUAAUAAUAUCAAAACUCAGUGUAACGAAUUAAAUAACAAUACAAAAAGUUACUUAAAUUACAUAGCAAGCAAAGUAUCAGCUUUAGACGUGUCUUUAGACAGUACAUCAUUUUGUGAACACUUCACUUGUUUACCAAAUAUGCAACACCUAAAAUCACUUGUUCUUAGAAUUUCAAGCGACUUUUCCUUCGACUAUAUCAUUCCACAACACCUCCCACAUAAAUUCGAAUUAACAAUUUUCACUCCAGCACAAUGUACAAAACAAAUUGUACAAUUUGUGAAUUCACUCAAAGACAAUUUUAAGUUUCUCACAAAGUUUGUGGUGUAUUUCAUCGAUGAGGUUGAAGAGUUGAGUUUGGCCCUAUUGCGCUCGAUUGAUAAAACAAUACAAGUAGUGUGUUGUUUCAACAAACUCCACAUCUCAUUAAUUAAAGAACGAGCAUUUCUUGUCCCUUAUAAGUAUCACUUAGUUGUUCCUAUCGACUUUCCUACUACUGAAAAUAUCGAGCGGUUUAAGAGAAUGGUAGACUCAUAUGAUGUCCCAUUUUUCCAAUUUGGUCCAACAUCAAUUGACGAAGACCAAAUCGACUUGGACUUGCGAGACAUCGAACUUUACUCAUUGGUGAUCCCAUGUGCAGAAUUUCCAAAACUUGAUGUUCUCCUCCCAACAAGUCUUCUCUCUUUGACUGUUGGAACACCACAAUUUACAUUUCCAGUGUUACCCAAUUUACUCGAGUUGAAUAUGAUAUUCUGUGACUUGGAAAAUUUCUUGUUUGUACCAGAAAGUGUCACCGGACUUACUGUUGUCCAAGCAACAAAUUUGGUUUCAAUGAACUUCCCCGAAGUUUUGAGGAAUUUGGUCUUGGUGAAUUUACCCAAUUUUGCACGGAAAAGUCUCACGACCACACCGCUCACCAAUUUGUGCAACUGUGAAAUUCGAAAUGUUAAAGUAGACAUCCCCAUGAUAUGCACAUUGAAGAGAGCAAUACUUGAAAACGUGAAUCAUAUUGCUGGAUUUCCCAUACAAAUGGAAAGUCUUAUUAUUAAACAUAUGGAACUUAUACCAGAACUACCAAGUAAUAUCAUUAAACUUGUUUUGGCGUACAUAGAUUGCGAAGUUGUUGUUCCUGAAAACGUGAAAUAUCUCGGUUUCAAUAACUGUGAUAAGAUAGUGUUGCCACACAAGACGAUAAAUAUUGAAAUCCCAUUUGCGUCGAAAAUUCCAAAACUGUGCGACGUGAUAUCUGCAACUAUUUUUGGAAAUGAAGUGUCAGAAAUGGUAACUACUGUUGUCGAAUUGUCAUUGAGUAGAUGUUCUUUGUUCCCACAUUGUCUGGAUAACUGCAAGCAUUUAACACAACUCGUGUUGAGAAAUUGUGUCGCAAAAGACGCAUUCCCAACACUCAAAUUGAAGGAACUGUCUGUCACAAGUUCUCCUGUCCCCCCUUUAAAUGACGACUUGGAAAAUAUAUUUCUAUGUAAAGUGAAUCUUGAAGAAAUAAAAGUCCCACAAAAUGUUACAAAACUCCAACUCGCCUGUUUGUCAACAUUGAAACGACUCUUCACGGGAGAAAAGUUGAAAGACCUAGAAAUCGGACAAUGUAAUCACCUCAAAUCUAUCAAUUUGCCUUUAAAAAUUGAAAACGUCUCUAUUGAAAUUUGUGAAAACUGUUGUGUGAACAACGCUGAAAUGUUACAUGACAUACCAUAUGGACAAUACCUUUACUUGUGUGGAUUGGCUAAAGGUGUGUCUGUCUGUAACUAA